CGUAAGCGCGCUCGGUGCCGCGGGUGCUGACGCAGCCGCCCGAAGGAGACGCGGGCGCCAUGGAGGCGAAGGCGGCGGAGCUCCGGCUCUGUGACAGCCUCAUCCUCUGGUUGCAGACAUUCAACACUGCUGCACCUUGCAGAGAUGUUAAGGACUUGACUAACGGGGUUGCCAUGGCGCAGGUACUUCACCAAAUAGAUGUCGCUUGGUUUGAUGCAUCUUGGCUAAAUCGCAUUAAAGAUGAUGUCGGUGACAACUGGAGAAUAAAGGCCAGUAAUCUGAAGAAGAUACUGCAAGGAAUUAUGGACUACUAUCAUGAGUUCUUGGGUCAGCAGAUUUCAGAAGAGCUUAUUCCAGACUUAAACCAAAUAUCUGAGAACUCAGAUCCCACUGAACUGGGGAGGCUUCUGCAGCUUAUUUUAGGCUGUGCAGUCAACUGUGAAAGGAAACAAGAACACAUACAAAAUAUCAUGACCCUUGAAGAAUCUGUUCAACAUGUUGUCAUGACUGCCAUUCAAGAGCUCAUGAGCAAGGAAGUAACAGGUCCUUCCACGUGUGAUGCAUCAGGUGACAUGGAGCAACAGCUUAAAAAAGCUCUGGAAGAUCUUCAGGAAGCACUAGCAGAAAAAGAAGAGUUGGCACAAAGAUGUCAAGAGCUGGAUUUACAGGUGGCUGCCCUCCAGGAGGAAAAAAACAGCUUGAUGUCAGAAAAUGAGAUUAUGAAUGACAGGCUAGAGCAAUUAGAUGACUCUCUUGAUGAUCCAAAUACUGUGGUUGCAAAAAAGUAUUUUCAUGCACAGUUGCAGCUGGAACAACUUCAAGAAGAAAACUUCAGGCUUGAAGCUGCGAAAGAUGAUUAUCGCGUCCAUUGUGAAGACCUAGAAAAACAGUUGAUUGAACUGCAGCAUAGAAACAAUGAACUAACCUCCUUGGCAGAAGAGUCUAGAGCCUUGAAGGAUGAAAAUGAUAUUCUUAGGGCUACUGCAGACAAGGCAAGUAAGCUGGAAUCAACUGUUGAGGUGUACCGUAAAAAGCUGCAGGAUCUGAAUGACUUCCGCAGACAAGUCAAAUCCCUGCAGGAAACCAACAUGAUGUACAUGCACAAUACUGUCAGUCUGGAGGAUGAACUGAAGAAAGCCAAUGCAGCACGUGCCCAAUUAGAAACCUACAAAAGACAGGUCCAGGAGCUUCAUAACAAGCUGUCUGAAGAAUCAAAAAGAGCUGAUAAGUUUGCAUUUGAAAUGAAGAGACUUGAAGAAAAACAUGAAGCUUUAAUCAAAGAGAAGGAGAGACUGAUAGUACAGUGUGAUGCAUUAAAAGAAACAAAUGAAGAGCUCCGGUACUCACAGAUGCAGCAGGAUCACCUGAGUCAAACAGGUGGAACUCAUGUUAAAAGCCAUGAGAAUCUUGCUGCUGAAAUUCUGCCAGUGGAAUAUAGAGAAAUGUUUAUUCGGCUGCAGCAUGAAAAUAAGAUGCUCCUAUUAAAACAGGAGGGAUCAGAAAAUGAACGUAUUACAGAGCUCCAGGAACAGCUGGAGCAAAAGCAUCGGACAGUGAAUGAGCUAGAAACUGAGAAAAGGCUAAAUGAAGAGCGUAUUGGAGGGUUACAGCAACAGAUUGAAGAUCUGCAAAAGACUUUACAGGAGCAGGGAUCCAAGACUGAAGGAUCUAGCAACCUCAAGCAGAAGUUGGCCGCACAUAUGGAAAAGCUAAAUGAAGUUCAUGAUGAAUUACAGAAGAAAGAGGCUGAUCUUGCAGAGCUCCAGCCUGAUGUUAGUCAGAACCCUCAGAAGAUUGGAGAGCUGGAAGCAGCUUUGCGUAAAAAGGAUGAAGAUAUGAAAGCGAUGGAAGAAAGAUACAAAAUGUACCUAGAGAAAGCAAGAAAUGUGAUAAAAACCUUAGACCCCAAGUUAAAUCCAGCAUCAGCAGAAAUUAUGUCACUGAAAAAACAGAUAAUGGAGAAAGACAAAAAAAUUGAAGCACUGGAGGCUGAAUACAAACUUGCUAAGUUACGUGAUUAUGAGGAGAAACUAAUUGUAACUGCAUGGUAUAACAAGAGCAUAACUCUUCAGAAGCUAGGUAUGGAAGCAAGACUGGUUGGCAGUAGUGGUGCCUGCAGAGACGGUCCCGGACGCUCAUUUCUAGCUCAACAACGUCAUGUCACCAAUACCAGAAGGAAUAUCACUGUUAAAGUACAAGGUGCAACAUCUGAUUAAACCACAAGGACCAUGAGGAAAACUAUGCUAAAGUGUCCUUAAAUGUUUUAUAGCUUCCACUCUUAACUACUUGAUGAAAUAAGAGGUUAGAAUGGUGGGCAGCUGUGAAUUCAACAUCAAAACCUAGCAAGAAGUCUGAGUCAGUCAGUGGUGUGUCUAGAAAGUAGCAAAUAGAUUUCCAAGAGUAGACUUAAUAGCUGCAGUAUGUAUUUACAAGCACAACUUAAAGAUUUAUAUUUGCUUUCAGAAUAUAUUGUAAAUACAAAAUUUGGCACUAUAUAUUUAAAACUUUAUCUAAUGUGUUUGGGCUAGAAAGUUCACUUUUUGUACGAUGUUAUGCAAAAGCAUUCUUCAGGAAACUGGCAAUAUAGGGCAUUUUCACUGAGGUCUUCGAAAAAUAAAAGAUUGGUACCAGGUUUUGAAGAAAAGUUUUUUUAGAAUACAAAGUACAGUGAUUUUAAAAGCAAGGAAAAUACUUGCAUUUAAUAGAAAAAGAAAAAAGGUGAAGUAUCAGUUGACUUGUUACGUAGCAGAAGGCAGGAUUUGUUUUGUCAUCUCAGGUGAGAAGCAGAAUUACAAAGUUUACGUAGAAAAGAUUAAGUUUGUGCAUAUAUACGUUCAGGAAAACCUGUCUUGAAGAUGUUGAAUUCCCUAAAGCCAAAUAAGCUGUCUUUUCCUGU